AUGUCAAAUCAAGAAUCAACAAUAGCAAUGUCAACCAAGAAAAAUGAUUAUACGUCUUCAAAUAAAUCUGCUACUUCAGAGAAUAACAGUAGUAAUAAUGAUGAUAGUACUAGUACAAUCACCCCUACGCAAGUGCGUCCUAUAGAUAUAGUGGUGGCUGUAUAUCAAUACAAAACUACCGCUAAUGGUGCCUCGAGUAACAUUAAAUUGUCAUUCCAACCUGGCGAAACGAUAUAUGUUUUAAAUAAGACGAGUUCCGGUUGGUGGGAUGGUUUCAUAAUGGAUGGAUCGAAUAAUAGUAAAGUCACAAGAGGCUGGUUUCCUCAGACUUAUGUACGUCCAUUUAAUGAUUUAUUUGGUCACUUUAAGAAAUCUACAUCAACAUCGACAAAGAAUUCCAGACGUUCUAGUUAUACUACUGGAGAUAAUUUAUUAAUGAGUAAUUCUAAUACGAAUGGUAGUAGUAGUAAUAAUAAUAAUAGUAAUAAUAAUAGUAAUAGUAAUAAUGGAAUGUUGGGACUUCCAUCUCCGUCCAAUAAGAUAAGGAGUAAAAGUAGAAAGAACAGUUUCAAUCUGUCGUUUCCAAAUAAAACAGUUCCAUUAGUGAUGAAUAAUAACCAUUCGCUACGAAAUAGUUCAGUUACUGAUGUGGGACAAGUAGACCCACUACAGCCUAAUACUAGUGCAAACCAUGUAGUGUUCCCUCCUACGAGGAAACAGUCAAGAGUUAGUAUGAGAAAUAGCAGUUCAAGUUCCACAAGUAAACCUUCAUCAGAAGACGUAACAGUAUUGUCAUUAGAAGAAGUAGAAAUGUUAAUUAAUAGUCUCCAUAGGCCGACAAUAUCUACUUGGAGUCCUGUACCUUUGCAAUCGACCACUGGAACAUCAGAUAAAUUAAUAUAUUAUAAUAAGGAGUUAAACAUAUAUUGUUCAGAGUUACCCAUGGUAUCAAUGACAAAUACAGAUUCAAGCAUAGCAUUGAAACCAUCAAACAUGGAUUCAGCCACGAGUUUUGGUUUCCCAACUGAUGAUCAUCUUAUAAAUUUAAGUGCUAGACGAAUAUCUACAAACCCUCAAAGUCAGACUGUAAACACACAAACUGAUAAGAGUAAAACUUCUUCGAUGACCGGUUCAUUAGCAAGUAGUACAACAGGGGAUUUCAAAGAAAAUUUAAGAAAAAAAUCAGCAUUAUCCACAGACAAUGAUGAUAGCCUGAGUCGGCCAUCGAAGUCCAAUACAGAUUUGAAACAAGCACAAAAUGAACCGUUAUAUCGUCAAGCUAUUUUAGCAAAAAAUGACUUGUUUUAUCAUCACUCAAAGGAUAUUAAAACUUGGUUAGAAUUAGAAGAUUUAACAUUGCAUUUCACUAAGAUAGCUCAUAAAAUGUUUUUGAAGAUUGAUAGAUUCAAUUUUUUUAAAUUUUUUAAUAUGAUGUCAAACUUAGCAAUUUUUACUCAAAUAUCCUGUAGAUUGAUCCAACAAGAAAUUAAAUUAAAGAUGUGCAAUAGAGAUGUGAAAAGAAUUUUGAAAUCCUUAAUAUCAUCUUUGUCAAAAAUCAAUAUAAACUCAAUGAUAUAUUUUGAUUCAUCGUCUCGUUUGCAAAUUCAUAGUACUCCAGUUCCAAGUGAUUCUAAUGCAUUAGUAGCGUCAAAGCCUUCCCUUGGGAAAUAUUUACCAACUGGUAAUAAUAAUGAUGAUUCUUAUUCAAUCGAUCGUUCUUUAGACGAUAAAACCAAGAAUAAAUCAAUUGUGACUGAUACCCCAAUGAAUUCCGAUAGGAAUGCCAGUACUAGUACUACUGAGACAUUAAUUCCAUCCAAGAUAAAUUUAAACGCAAAAGAUUUAUAUGAUAUCUCCCAUGAAAGGAUUUCUCGUGCUGAAUUGAGAAAUAUUUCGACAUCAUCUAUUCGAGAUGACUCUAUGAGUAAUGGGAGAAUUAGCUACGAUUCAAAUAUAAACUCUGGACAUGAUAUUCCUAAUAAGGGUGUAGGAAAUAAUAAUACAAAACAUAAUGUUGCACGCUAUUUGGAUAGUGUUGAUCACGAUUCCAGUGUAUCAUUACGUAUCAUUUUUGAGAAUAUCGAUCAAGAAUUUUUAAGAUUCAUGAAGAAUAUACAUCUACUACAUCAUUUAUUGCAGAACUCUGUAUUAACUAAUGAGUCACAUAUAUUGCCUCAAUUUUCACCAAGGUUCUUUAAAGGUUCGUUCAAUGGUGGCUCAUGGACUAAUCCAUUUGCUUCAUUCAUUUAUCCUUCAGAAAGUAAUAGUUCAUCAAUUUUGAAUUCUCCGUUAGGAGGUUCAUCCAAUUUCUCUUCUUCGUUAUCUAUGUUUAAUAAAGAAACUACUAAUUCUGUGCCAUCUACUGUGACACCAAAGAAUGAGUUCUCAAGUAGCGAUGUAGCUGGGCCUGGUAAUGAAAAUCAAAAACCUUCGAUCUCUGAAUCAUUACCUCUGGCAACUCCAAAAAUGCCACCCAAGAUGGCUGCAGCUAUUGCACUUGCAUCUGGUUUGCCUAUUUCAGAAACUAAAUUGAAUUCUGGGCAUACGUCUACAUCAAAUUCUAUGACAGAUAUUACCUCUUCAUUAACUUUAAGCAUAAAUAAAAAAUUAUCAAAUGCAGGUAAAAAUUCAUCAAAGGCUAAAAUAUCGAAAAGAAAGAUUAAAUACCCAUUAAGCACAGAAACAUAUACUGCGAUGAGAAGAAUCAGUACUAGUAUAAACGAUAAAUUGAGUCUAAAUUUUAAAACAGAUGCUGAGAAUUUUAUUAAUCAGCCUAAGACAAAAAGUCGUAAUCUAGAGAUUAAUUCAAGAACGUAUGAACAAUUAAACGAAAAUACCCAAUUAAUUGACAUGUUAGAAAAUUUGGAUUUGACAAUCUUCAUUAAUUUAAAGAGGUUGAUAAAAUGUCCUCCAAAGGUACUUGAUGUUGAAAGUGAAGAAUUUUUAAGACAUGCGAUGUCAUCAAUAUCAACUAUUAUUACUGAAUUCUAUGAUGUGAAGCAGGCAUUCCAUGAUGUUCUGAUAAGAUUAAUUAUUGCAACCCAGCAGACUACUCUAGAUGAUCCGUAUAUAUUCUCAUCGAUGAAGUCCAAUUAUAAGAUUGAUUUCAACGAACCAAAACUUCUAGAAAGAAUUACGUUAAACAAGAACAUGAAAAAGAUAGAAAAACAGUCCAUGCACCUGUAUAAGCAUUUGGUAGAACAAGAUGUAGAAUUUAAUAACAUUGAAUUUCUAAAUACAUCAGAAGAGUUCGUUGAAGCUUGUGAGGCUUAUAUUGAUUGUAUGGAUGCCGCCUGUCUGAUUGUUGAACAAUUGAUUGAGGAGAGGGAAAAUCUGCUAAAUUAUGCAGCAAGAAUGAUGAAAAAUAAUUUGACUACCGAAUUAUUAAAAGGUGAACAAGAAAAAUGGUUUGAGUAUGCUUCUGAAUUCAAUUCUGACGAUGAUGAGGAUGAUUUCUACACCCGCGGUAAAUCAGAUAAUGAUGAAAGUCUGAUGGAUACGAGCUCUGAAGAUGCUGAUGUAUAUGCCGGUGUGAAAAAUAGGAAUAUUAUAACCUCCAUUGGUGGUAUAGAAAACCAGGACGUACCUUGGUUUUUACAGUCAGAUCAUGUGCAUUUCCUUGUAUAUGAUUCUAAGGGCAAAGUGAGAGGUGGGACCAAAGAAGCUUUAAUUGAACAUUUAACUAGUCACGAAUUAAUUGAUCCUUCAUUUAAUGUGGCUUUAUUAAUUACUUUUAGAAGUAUAUUUACCACGAAAGAGUUCUUUUAUGCAUUAAUAUACAGGUAUAACUUGUACCCACCUGAAGGUUUAGGUUUUGAUGAGUACAAUAUUUGGAUUGAAAAAAAAUUGAAUCCGAUAAAGUGUCGUGUUAUUAAUAUUAUGAAGAUCUUUUUACAACAAUAUUGGAGUUCUCAAUAUUAUGAAGAUGGCUUAUCAUCAGUUGAAAAUUUUGUUAAUUAUGCCAUUAGUGAAAAUAUACCAGGUUCUGAUGAUCUUUUACAAAAAGUACAUGAGGUCCUAAUGAAUCCGAACAAGAUUGAUGAUUCUUCAGAUAAACAGAGUAGAAGUAAUAUUAGUCAAAAUGUAACCACACCAAAGGGAUCAGUGGUUAAUGUUAGUAAUAAAUUGGGAUUGUCUCAAAGUAGGACAACACUAUUUAGAAUGAAGAAAUUGAAAUUAUUGGAUGUUGAUCCAUAUAGUUAUGCUACACAAUUAACUAUCCUUGAACAUGAUUUAUAUUCCCGAAUGACACUGUUUGAAUGUUUAGAUAGAGUCUGGGGCAACAAGUAUUGUGAUAUGGGAGGUUCAAGAAAUAUUACUAAAUUUAUUACAAAUGCUAAUACAUUAACGAAUUUUGUCUCAUCAACUAUUGUGAAACAUUCUGAUGUUAAGAAGCGUUGUAAAUAUAUUCAGUUUUUCAUUCAUGUUGCACAGCAUUGUAAAGAGUUGAAUAAUUUUUCAUCUAUGACAGCUAUUGUCUCUGCAUUAUAUUCUUCACCAAUUUAUAGAUUGAAAAAGACAUGGGAUGUAAUAUUAGUUGAGGAUAGAGAUAUUUUGAAAAAAUUGAAUAGUUUAAUGGAUUCCAAGAAAAAUUUUAUUAAAUAUAGAGGUUUAUUAAGAUCUGUUAAAGAUGUUGCAUGUGUUCCAUUUUUUGGUGUUUAUUUAUCUGACUUAACGUUUACAAAUGCAGGUAAUGCAGAUUUCAUUCAUGGUAGUAAAGAUGUUAUUAAUUUCAGUAAAAGAAAUAAAAUUGUUGAUAUAAUUGAAGAAAUUUUAAGUUAUAAGAAAGUUCAUUAUAAAUUAAAACGUAUGGACGAAAUUCAAAAUAUGAUCGAAACAUCCAUUGAAUCUGUACCACAUAUUGAAGAACAGUAUAGACUAUCAUUACAAAUGGAACCAAGAUCAAGUAGUAAUAACAAUAAUGGUCACACUCAUAAUAAGAAUCCAUUAGAUGUAGAUACAGCUAUAAAAUAA